CGGCCGCGGGCGAUUCUGAGCACCGGUUCGCUGAGUACAACUUCUCUUCCAUGCAGCGAUGUCACGUGUGUGACAAGUUCCUCUACGGCCUCGUGCGACAGGGCCUGCAGUGCAGAGAGUGCGGCAUGUGUUGUCACCGCUUCUGCCACGCCCAGAGGCCGACUGAGUGCAAUGUCCCUGCCCUGGAGCGACUACGGCGGCCCAGCUUCACCAGCAGUCCACCUCGAGUCUUGGAAUCGGCAGCCUCCAGCUCUAUAUCCCCCCAAACCCCCGAGGACCGGCUGCGGGACGCCGAGUGGUACUGGGGGGACAUCUCUCGCGAGGAGGUCAAUGAGAAGCUCAAGGACCAGCCCGACGGGACCUUCCUGGUGCGGGACGCCUCAACGCCUGGAGACUACACGCUCACGCUCAGGAAGGGUGGUAGCAACAAGCUGAUCAAGAUCUUCCACCAGAACGGCCACUACGGCUUUGUGGACCCUUUGGAGUUCACCUCAGUGGUCAGCUUGAUCAACUGGUACCAGAGCAACUCUCUGGCCAUGUACAACAGCACGCUGGACACGAGGCUGGUGCACCCCGUCAGCCGGAACAUGGGACUGGAGAACCCAGAGAACCACCAAGACAUUGCCAAGGAGGUGGAGACCCUGGUGCGCAUCAACCGCCAGUACCUGGAGAAACGGUCGGCGUACGAUGACCUGUAUGAGCGUCACUCCCGCCUCUCUCAGGAGAUGCAGCUGAAACACCAGGCCCUGGACGCCUUCAAGGAGACGCUCAUUGUCUUCCAGGAGCAGAUGGACCUGGCACGGAGGUCCUUGCUGGAGACAGCCGGACACGACAGUCAAAAGUUGCAAGAGAAUAUGGAGCUUCUGAAAUCUCGAUUUAUGAGGAUACAGGAAAGCAAAGGUGCCCUGGAGGUUGAGUUGGAUCGCCGGUCGUCGUGGAAUCGCACGCUAAUCGGUGACAUGAACUCCAUGAAGCCAGAGAUCAAACGGUUGAACAAACAGCGAGAGCAGUGGAAGACCUGGCUGCUGGAUAGGGGGAAGACUCAGGACUUCUUGGACAACUUGUUGGAGGGACGCCGCGACAGUCAAAUGGAGGGCGCGUCUGGCGACUCUGAGCACAACGUGCCGCACUACGACGAGGCCCUCUGGCUCAUCAGUUGUCAGCGCACACAGGCAGAGUCCCUGCUGGCCGGCAAACCCGACGGGACCUUCCUGAUCCGGCCGAAGGCUGAGGAGGGCAACGUCCACGUUCUGUCCAUUGUAUGUCGAGGCACUCCGUACCACUGCCGUAUCCUUCACAGUGACACGGGCUACGGCUUUGCGGAACCCUACAACAUUUUCCCCACCCUCAAGGAGCUGGUCCUUCACUAUCACUUCACAUCGUUGGCAGAGCACAACAAUGACCUUGACAUUUGCCUUCUGCACCCCGUGCAUGCUCCCAUCACGGCGAGAGCCAACGACACAUACCUCCGCAUGCAGCAGUUGUAGCAUCGGUCAAUCGGGCCUUGAUUCCCGAUGGUUUCGUUCAUUGCCACCCAACAUAGACUGAGCAGUGGAUAGCCUCAAGCUUCCUCCCCGGAGUCGCCCAGAUUCCCGUGUGUUUGGGACUUGGUUUGCAUGCUGUUGAUACAUACAGUCAUGCUGGUUGGCUGGCCGAGUGAGUUCCCUGCUGGAGGUACGUGUUUCCCGGUGGACCCCCUGCAUGGAGCCAAGUCUCAAGAUCACAACCUUUGACCUCUCAGUCAAUCAGGAAAACUGUGAAAAGCUUUAUAUAGUUGUGUGUGUAUGUGUUUAUUCAGACGUGCAGAGAAAAUCGACCAGCCUUUGUUUUUUGGAUCCUCUCCCUCCCCCUCCUCUCUUUGCUGUCUUUGUGGUGUGGGGUUUGUACAACACACAGCAUACUGUCGGCAGUUGGCACCAGAGGCUGGAUCUGACCCUCGUGUCUGGAAUCUGCUGAGCUGGGAGGUUUGGAUCCACCUUCACCCCUGUACACACCUGUACACACCCCAAAUGUGUAUGUGAUACACUCUCAUGUGUAUGUGAUACACUCUAAUGGCCAGGGUAUGGCCACCCAGCGAUUUGAGUUUGAGAAAUAUCUUCGCUCUUUCCCCUACCUUGUACCCUGCCUGAUGUGGCAGCCUGGUUUCAUUUUUUCAGCUACCUUGCUGCUUCAAUCUGCAAUGCAGAAACAACGGUAGAAGCUCAUCAGCCUUUCUCACUCAAAAGCAACAGGAUCAGCCUGCUCUCUGGGAACGACCUGUGAAGAGUAGAGAGAGAAGUCAUCGUUGGGACACAGCAUGGUUGAUUUUAUUGCAUAGGUCUUCAGAGUAGAACCUGUGCAAGGGCACACUGCGCCGGGAAUGUUACAUAGGAAUUUCCCUGAAGCCUCACAGCUGAGAACCAUGUUUUGCAGACUUUCUGUCCAUUCUCAGUGUGAGUCCCAUGCCAAUCUCAUCCGCCUCAACACAACACAACCCAUCCCAACCCAAUCCACAACCACCCACCACUCAGCUGACGUCUUUCAGCUCAUAACCUAUUGCUGACUUGUGACCAGUACAACAUUGUAACUCGGACUUACGCUUACUGACAUUUGAUCUGGAAAUACCUGGGUUUUUUAAAUAAAAUUGUUAUUGCACACAAGGCGCGGCAAAAAUGUUUUUUGUCGUGUGUAUCGUCACUUGCAAGAGAUUUCGGGAUAUACGACGACUGCUGGUUGACCAAGCUUCUUGUCAAGCCGAACAUUCCAGCUCAUGACUUCCUUCUACCCCUGACGUGUGUUUCUUUCUUCCCCGGCCCCUCCUCCAGUGUUCUCUGUACCUUGUGAUCGUCUCUCUUCCUCAACUCGACAUGUGUUGAAGGGAAUCUCGUUGAUACUUUAAGGUUCCUUCUACUGCAUUAUUUUUCUUGUUUUUAUAUAUAGAUAUGUGUGUUCAUGUGUGUAUAGAUGUAUUUUAGGUAUAUAUAUACACACAAACAUACACACGCGGAUGACAUUAUCAAUAGGGCAUUUAUUUGUGAUCCUUCCUCCAAGGAGCAACUGGCUGAUGAUUUUCUGACACCUCCCAUGUUUGUCAGAAUGCUACAAGUUGCAUCAUUGUCUUCAAAUUUUGUUACAUUUCUGUCUCACCUCUACGGGAAGUGAGUGAUAGGGUUGGAACUGAGGCGAGACAAACGUCUGAAUGUCUUCUUGCUUCUUCUUCUUCAUGUGGAUGCUUGAAAGUAGUCAUAGUCCUGCUGGGGACACGUUUGGGCAGGAGUUUGUCAGUUUGUUGCAAAGGAUUCUUGCGCCUGCCUCUAUAAAUGAAAGUAACAAUCUCAGGGAGAAGAAUGACACCGGUUUUUGACGUUUUUCACUGGGAUUAAGCGAGACAGGUGCGUGGAGAGGAGAAUGCCUGUCUUGGAAAAGUGUUGUUUCUCGUUUUCACACAAAGUGUAGCAUAUUUUUGUACUAUUUUGCCUUUCUCCAUUGUCAUGUUAAGAAAAUCAAUAACCCUUUCUCUGCCUCAAGUGCCCAUGGUUUGGCUUGGAAAAUUGUUUUCAGUCACUGGCAGGAGCACUAUGUUGGGAGGGGGUGUGCUCAGUUGUUGCCAUCUUUUUUUUCAAAGAAACUUAUCGCGAAAUACCAGGUUUUGCUAGUGUAUUCUUAAAUGUAAGUGUUAUUCCAUGGGAAGGGGUUACUGUGGUAUGCAUUUUCUACUCGUCUUUCGCUGAGUGAAAGAUGUUGCAGGUAGGGUAGGGGAUAGAUCCGGAAGUAUCAAUGCUUGUCCAAUUAGAUUUGAACUUUUAGGACGUUCUGUUUUUAGAUUGGGUUGAACUACUAUUUGCUGCAGAAAAUGUUUUUACUCCGAAGUUUUUGGGGGUUACUGUCAGUCAAGUCAUCUCCUGUUACAAUCUCAAAUAUAAUCUUGUGUAAACUGUUGUCUUCUUGAGAAGCAAGUGUAUCAGUCACAAUAUGUCUUUACAUUAUGUUGCUACCAAUCCAACGACUUCUGGGCUUUCUGUUUGUCUCCUUCGCCCGAAAUAUAUGACCUCAUCAUAACAUUUGUCAGGUGGGCGUUGGAUGACUGCAAGUGUCUGUGUGAAUGGUUCAUAGAGAUAUGAUGGCUCUACCAGGCCUACAAGCGUGUCUAUCAUCUGAUAAAGUGUGAUGAGUCUGUGUUGGCUGAAUGUGAAAUUUUGUGUUUUGUCUGUGGAUUGGGAUGGGUGUCUAUUACUUGUACACGUAAUGUGUUCCUGUUGUUGAAUUGUACCUGUGAUGAACCCCGGUCUGAGGACAAAGAGAUUUGAACCUGUACUGUACUGUACCAUACCAACUUAUUGCACUUCAGUGGGCUUUCGAUCAACUUUCUUGUUGGAGUAAAGAAAGUCUUGGAAUAUUCUGUCAGUUGUGGGAUCAGCCACUACGCACUGCAUGCCCCUGUGCAAUUCAGAUAAUAAAUAUAUAUGGCUGAGUUGGAUGUUGACAAGUCAUAUGUCAUCAGUUUUUUUUUCAUACUGCAAGCGAAGGUUUUCUGCUAUUUGUACGUUCUGGUUGUGUAUAAGUGUUUGAGCUUGGUUUCCCCAUUUCCCUGUUUCAUUCCCGUAAGGUCGUGGUGUGUGGUCGUGUGUAUAUCCCAUGGAUUUUUUCAUCAGUUAACUGAGAAAUGUGCAAGUUGCUGUCUGUUUGUGUCACAUAUAACACUUCUCCUGGGGUCAGCAUCUGUGCCGUUAAGUGUAGUAUAAAAGGUGUACUAGAGCGCACAUUGACCGGGGGCUCUCGUGGCCUAGAGGUUAAGGUGUUGGCCUCUCAUUCAAAGGUCCCGGGUUCGAUUCCGGGUAGCGACCAAAAAAA